AUGACUGUGCCCAAAAAGACUGCGCUGAGGUCUCUUCAUAAUAUAGUAGAAGAGCUGUCUGGCAUUUUGCACAAAAUAUCUGAGCAGCAGGAGGUGGACGGAGAAAUAUCUCGAUUUGUGCAGUCUGUGGAGGACUUAAAGGGAUACUUUGAAGAGAUUGACUGCAAAGAGUGUCCUCCUGGACAGGACCUAGGGAUUGGAUCCCGUUCAAUUCUUUCGCAUCUAGAAGACAACUAA